AUGUGUUACUUCUAUCAAACACGCUGGGCCUGCGGAUAUUGGAGAUGGGGCCAGUUCAAACAGCAGUGCAACAAGGAAUACCGGACGGGCGAGACGUGCGGUCUAAAGCUUGUGUUCGAGACCAUCAUGGAACCGGACAGGUGCAAGCUGUGCUACGAUAUGGACAAGAAGCAUCGCCGGCUCGACAAGAUGAAUAGGGACAUUGAGCGCUGGCGUCGCGAGGGGAACCGCAGGGCGACCAUUGAGCGGACGACGGUCGAAGCGCGGGAAGUCGAGCGUCAGAUCCACGAAAUGAGCACAUCGCAUUGGAACAGGGUUACGCUGGCAAACUGA